UCACGGGAGCUAUUCGAUGCUAAUGCAGAACGCCACAGGAUAUUUUUGUGUUGGUUAAGGGCAGUGGCCGCCUCUGCUGUGGUGGUGGCUGAGCUCAUGAAGAUCAUCACCUGUGUGCUGCUCAUAUUCAAGGGGCACAGCUACAAUGUUCGGGCUCUGAACAGUAUUCUGAGGCAAGAGAUCACUCACAAGCCUAUAGAGACCCUGAAGCUGGCCAUUCCUUUUGGGAUCUACACCCUACAGAACAACCUGCUCUAUGUGGCUCUGUCCAACCUGGACGCUGCCACCUACCAGAUCCUCACCACAGCCCUGUUCUCAGUGUGCAUGCUGGGCCGGAGGCUGGGUGUGUACCAGUGGCUCUCCCUGCUCAUCCUCAUGGCUGGGGUCGCACUUGUGCAGUGGCCCUCUGAAUCCCUCGGAGACACUGAGAAGGAGCAGAUGUCCGAAGGGUCCCAGUUUGUGGGCGUGGUGGCGGUGCUGGUGGCCUGCUGCUCCAGUGGCUUCGCUGGGGUUUAUUUUGAGAGGAUCCUCAAAGAGACCAAACAGAGCGUCUGGGUCCGCAACAUCCAACUGGGAAUGUUUGGCCUGGUGUUUGGUCUGAUGGGGAUGUUUGCGUACGAUGGGGAGAGAGUCCGGGAAUCUGGGAUGUUCAAAGGAUACAACACAAUCACCUGGACAGUGGUGGCUCUGCAGGCACUAGGAGGGCUGGUUAUAGCAGCUGUCAUCAAGUAUGCAGACAACAUCCUGAAGGGCUUUGCCACGUCACUCUCCAUCAUCCUGUCAACCCUCAUAUCCUACUUCUGGCUGCAGGACUUCGACCCCACAAAUGUGUUCUUCCUUGGUGCAGUACUGGUCAUCGUGGCCACCUUCCUGUAUGGCUACGAGGACAAGCCAUCCCCCAACCCCAGGCGUGCCUAGGGGACAUCACCGAGGACCGAAGGGGGUGUCAGGGAAGAGAAGAAAACAGUGGAGCGGAAGAGAGAAAAGAGGAGGAGCGAAGGACACUAGCCUAGAGGCAUUGUUGACAUGGGCCUCAGACACUGUGGCUGUGUUUUCACAGGCAGCCCAAUUCUGAUAUUUUUUUCCACUAAUUGGUCUUUUGACCAAUCACAUCAGAUCUUUUUCAGAGCUGAUCUGAUUGGUCAAAAUACCAAUUAGUGAAAAAAAUAUCAGAAUUGGGCUGCCUGUGUAAACGCAGCCCAAUAAGUUCCUCGACUAAAAAAGUGUGAUCAGGAAUUUGCCACCACAGAGAAAUAGACCCAUGAGUCAUGACCAAGCUCAGCAGUGUACUGGACACACCUGCCAGGCAGGUUAUUGCACUGGGUCAAAACUGGUUGGGUAGGGUCCCCUGUCUUUAUAUUAUUGUCAUCUUAAUAAUGAAGAUGAUGGAUAAAACAAAGACACAGGCAGGGAAGUUUUCUGACUUGUGCAUUUCCCUGAAGGCCAUAAUGUUCACUCAUGACUUGUGACAAUAGUCCGGAUGUGUUGGACUCUGCAGACAUACUGAUGAACUAUGUUACUGCUUCACUGCUGUAGACCUCUGUACUUUUCCACGCAUUGGCGUAACGUGAUUUGUGUGUUAUUUGGGGAAGUGGGGAAGGUUGACUUUAUUACUGUAUUUACCAAUCAUUAGGAACACGAAGUCCAUAAAGGAAAUGUUUCCUAUGUCAAAGACGAGUGUGUCAUUCUAUAUCACGACUCUGUUGUUGUAACAUUGUGUGUCAUAUAAUGCUCCCUUGUAGAAGUUUUACAAGUGCUCUGAGCCAUGAUAUGAACACACACAGUCAAACUGAUGCACUCCCUAUUGUUUCUGCCACUAAUACAUUUUCUGAGUGAGUGCAUAUUGUGCAUGAGACCCCCUGUAACAC